GCGAGUUCGCAAUUGUUGCCUUUUUGCAGGCAGUGUUAGGUUAUUUGGCCUUCUUAAGUAACACAUUUUAAACUUUAGUUAAUUGCUACAACUGUGACUUCAAAUCCACAGUACUGCAGUUGGAAGUGCUGUUCACUGGUUUGGUGCUGGAAUUGUGAUUUUGCUGCGAGGAAUCUACAGUGUGACCUGCUGUCUUCAAUAAACCCCAACGCCAUGGAUCGUGCUUCGAGUGCAAGUCAGCUGAUUGCCAGCAAUGUCACAAAUAAAACGGACCCACGAUCCCUGAACUCAAGGGUCUUCAUUGGAAACCUAAACACUAUGCUGGUCACCAAGGCAGACGUUGAAGCCAUUUUUAGCAAAUAUGGCAAGAUUGUUGGCUGCUCUGUGCACAAGGGUUAUGCUUUUGUUCAGUUUGCCCAAGAAAGAAAUGCUAGGACUGCUGUACAAGGAGAGGAUGGACGGAUGGUUGUCGGACAGGUGCUUGAUGUUAACUUGGCAGGAGAGCCCAAACCUCACAGGUCAAAAACUACAAAGCGAUCAGCUGGGGACAUGUACAGCAGUAGCUCGUCUUUCGAGCUUGAUUAUGAUUUCCAGAGAGAUUACUAUGACAGAAUGUAUUCAUACCCUUCCCGUGUGCCUGCACCUCCCCCUCUCUCACGAGCCGUGAUCCCAUCCAAGCGUCCACGAGUCAGCACGAGCGGAGCAACCAGUCGUCGCACCAAGUCCAGCUUCGCAACUUCAUCCAAGAGCAGCCAACGGACAUCCUCUCGAACCCUAAAAGCAGAUGAUCUUCAGACUAUUAAGAGAGAGCUUUCUCAAAUCAAGCACAAGGUUGACUUUCUUCUGGAGAGUCUGGACAGGAUGGAAAAGGAUCACGGCAAGAAAUCUGAGGGGAAGAGUGUGAAGGCAGAAGUUGGUGAGGUUUCUCCCCUCCAGCAUUCCAGCAAGAAAGAGAGAGAGAGGGAAGAGCAAGAGAUAAACGAUUCAGAGGAGGAGAGAGAUCUGCUGGGGGAGGAAGAAGAAGAAGAAGAAGAGGAAGAGGUUAAAAGCCAGGGUGGAGAGAAUGAGAAUGAGGAAGAGGAAGGAGAAGAGGAAGAGGGUGAGCAUGAAGAAGGGGAAGAUGAUGGCGAUAGCAUUAAUGGUGACGACUCGUAAUUUUAAACGCUCUGGAUACCAGACUUCCACUCAGAUUUCAGCCCUUUCAGUUCUUUUGAAAAGGUUGAAGCAAGUCUUUAAAAGAUCCAUCUAUGAUGAUGUAGAUGUCUGUGCUCUUAUCUUAGCUGACACUGCGAUCACGUCAGUUUGAGUGAUGUCAGUUUAUUUUUAAUGUUAGCAUGACAUCUUUCAGGCUCUUGAAGUAUCCCUCAACCUUGAAGAAGAUAAACGUCUGUUUUCAACACAAACUAUUACAUUCUCCACUUAAUCUUAAUCAUUGAGACGUGAACCAGAGAUGUUUUUAUUUAUCACUAGCAGAAUAUGUCUAUAAUGCUUUCUCUGUGUGGAUCUGGCUUCUUCCUUGUUUGCCCUUUUGUCUCUGGUGAGUUUUUUUUUUUCUUUCUGUGAGCAAAGUUAAAAUUUGUAUUUUAAAAAGGGGGAAACUUUACAGUGACUCCUUUACAGAGUCACCGAAGCUUCCAGUGAGCAUCUAUGUUUGUAUUUACCUGUCUUUUUAUAUUGCCCUGUUUCAGAAUAAUUCUACAGGAUCAUUUCAAUAAAAUAUUAAAUUAAA